AUUCCUAUCUCAUUCAUAUAACAUAUGCAUGCACAUUUCAAUGCUUUAUUUAGAAUAUGAAUUGACUAAGGAUGUAUCUAUAUCUCAGAAAUUACGAGAUAAAAAAUAUUUUUAUAUUACAAAAUUAGGAUCCAGUUUUAAUUUUACUUAAUACUUCUCUAAUCAUGCCAUCCGAUAAAGUGGUCGUCUGUGAUAAUGGCACUGGUUUUGUGAAAUGUGGCUUCGCUGGCUCCAACUUUCCAACUUCCAUCUUUCCAUCGAUGGUUGGACGCCCAAUUUUACGUUCAGAAGAAAAAGUGGAGGGCAUUGAAAUUAAAGACAUUAUUAUUGGAGAUGAGGCAAACAAACUACGCCAGAUGCUACAGAUCCGCUAUCCCCUGGAACAUGGAAUCGUCCGAGACUGGGAAGACAUGAAAUAUCUAUGGGAUUACACGUUUUACGAAAAACUUAAAAUUCAACCUGACGAAUGCAAAAUUUUGCUCACAGAGCCCCCUCUCAACCCACGCAAGAACAGGGAGCGCAUGCUGGAGGUCAUGUUUGAGCAAUACAACUUUAAAUCUGUCUAUGUGUCCGUCCAAGCUGUCUUGACCUUGUAUGCGCAGGGACUCAUGACAGGCGUUGUUCUAGAUUCAGGGGAUGGUGUGAGUCAUAUAGUCCCAGUUUAUGAGGGUGCUGGACUUCCUCAUCUAACGAAGAGAAUUGACGUCGCUGGAAGAGACGUGACGAAAUAUUUUAUCAAAUUACUGCUUCAUAGAGGAUAUGCCUUCAAUCGAACUGCUGAUUUCGAGACCGUUCGUGAAAUGAAAGAGAAGCUUUGCUACGUUGGAUACGAUAUUGAUCUCGAGAAUCGUCUAUCUACCGACACGACUGUGCUUGUUCAGUCUUAUACCAUUCCUGAUGGUCGUGUCGUCAAAGUUGGUCGGGAGCGUUAUAUGGCUCCAGAGGCUUUGUUUACUCCAUCUUUGAUUGAUGUCGACGGUCCCGGCAUAUCUGAAGCGGUGUUCAAUUGUAUCAAUUCAGCCGAUAUGGACAUUCGCCCGGAUUUCUAUAAGCACAUUGUACUGUCUGGGGGUUCGACUAUGUAUCCUGGACUUCCAUCUAGACUUGAGAAGGACAUUCGUAUGUACUAUGCCGAACGGGUUGCAAAAGGAAAUCAAGAUGCGAUCAACAAAUUCCAGUGUCGCAUCGAAGAUCCUCCAAGACGUAAGCAUAUGGUGUUUUUGGGCGGCGCCGUCCUGGCUGAUAUUAUGAAGGAGAAGGACAGUUUCUGGGCGAACAAGAGUGAAUAUACCGAAAAGGGUAUGAAUUAUUGCCUGGACAAGCUCAGCGGUGUUAUCCACACCUAAGAGACAUCUAUGAUCAAAAAAGAAUUUUUUUUUUAAAAAGAUCUUUUUUAGCCAUUUGAA